AUGACGAGCAGUAGCGUGAGGUUCCCGUUGCCCGACGGGUACUUUCCGCCCGUGCAGCUCUCGCCGGCAGAAGUCGCGGCCUACGAGCAGCGCGUGGAGAUCAUCAUGAAGAACGCGCUGGCCGAGUACAACCUGCACGAGGCUAUGGGCGCGCGGCCCGAGUACGGCUCGUCGCGCUGGACCGUCGUGGGCCACGUCGAGCACCUGACGGCCGUGCGGGAAGUGGACCCGACGCGGGCCGUCGAGUCGUCCCGCAUCUUCGGCCGCGUGGACGGCGACUACCGCAGCUUCAUCGACUUUUUCUACGCCACGACGGCGCAGGAGGUGUUUGCCGUGAACCAGUUCAUGUUCGGCUACGCCGUCGACGGCGCUGUGCUGUGCAACAUCCACACGAAGGAGUCGCAGCGGCCGCAUGUGUACCUCGGCAUGAAGUGGGUCUGUCUCCAGCCGUCGACGCUCUCGCGCAAGCGCGACAUGUGCUUCCUCGAGUACCUCGUGCACACGCGGGACCUGCAGGGGCGCGACGUGGGCGUGCGCAUCACUCUGCCGCUGCUGCUGCCGCAGUGUCCGCCGCUGCCGGAGAAGCUCAAGACGCGGCGCGUACACUCGCACACGGUCACGAUCGUGCGGCCCACGAGCGACAACGCGGACGCGACGCAGAUCUUCACGACGAGCGAAGUGGACCUGCACAAGGGCGCGAGCGCGUCGUCCGCCGCCGCGUUCAAGAAGCGCAUGACGACGCUGAGCUCCAUGGCGCUCUUUGCCGACUCGAAGCGCAUCUCGGCGCACGGGAUCCUCGACCGGCGCAGUUGGGCGCCCAAGUCGGCGCGCGCGCACUGCGUCGUGUGCAGCCGCCGGUUCUCCACCACGCGGCGGCGACAGCACUGUCGGCUCUGCGGCGAGUUGGCCUGUCGCCGGUGCAUGACGUUGCGCGACGCCGCCGUGUUCGACGACAGCGCGCCGUCGCCGUCGGCCAGUCGGACGUUUCAGGUCGUCAAGACCGUCUUCUGCAAGGCGUGUAUGGGCAAAGUCCGCGGGUCGGACGUCCUGAACUUCGUGGGCGCCGACAGUCAGGACGAAGGCGUGUCCGACGCCGAGUCCGCGUGCUGGGUGGCGGACAAGGGCUCGGACUGCGACAGCAACAACUUUGCCAUGACGAACCGGUCACUGCUGGCGAUGCACUCGCCCGCGGACGAGAGCUCGUCGACGUCGUGUCAGCUGCUGCUGAGCGACGCGACGGACGACUCGGAGGACGAGGCGAGUUCCGAUCGAGGCGGUGGGGCACUAAAGCGGACGUUCUCGAGUUGUCUCGACUUGGAAGUGCUGUCCGAGACGCAGACGAGCGUGUCGUCGGUGCUCGACGACGAGGCGGAAGUCGAAGUCGCAGAGCCUUCGGCCGCUGUGCUGUUUGACAUCCGCCACCUCCGGACGAUGGCGGGCGCUGAGCGCGUCGUACAGGAGGCGGAGGAACGCGACCUGCAGACGAUGCGCGAGUCGUUUGCAGCGCUGGACAUGACACCGGUCCGUCGGUUGAGCUUCUCGUCGAGCGCAGGGAACGAGGCGGGCGAAGGGUUUCCGAGCUGUCGGAGCGACGAGAUGCCCCUCAUGGAGGAAGUCGACGACGACAGCGACGACGACAGCGACGACGACGACGACGACGACGUCAUUGAGAUUGUGGGCGAGUCGACUCAGGUGGUGUCCUGUACGCGGCAGGUCGUGUCGUCCCCGUUACGCGACUCGCCGCUGACGACAUUGACGGAGAACCUGUUGUUCGGAUUGGGUCGGCCAAACGUGUCGAUCGACCAGCGACUGCAAGAGCAGGAGGUGCUGCUCAAGCGCUUAGUCAUGGCGGCCAACUCCUCGGGGUACUACUCGCGAGGCGCUCACUAA